AUGACAUCGUACUCUCCUUAUCCACCUCGAACGGACCUGAUGAGAUGGGACAGCGAGGCAGACGAGCCUUACAUGUCCGUGCCGACGCUGCCGGAUAUUCGCAUGACGCCGUGGCGCGAGAGUGAUGCAGAGCAAGCGCCGAGCAUAGGGGAAUGGGCGUUCAGGCGACCUUAUCCGUAUACGCCGGAGAGCCUGUCAUUCAUCCGUGACACUCUCGGAUCUGCUUGCAAGGACACUAUCAACACUAUCCUUCGGCCUCUUCUCCGCGCUCCAGCGAGCCCCACACACCCCCUCGCUCCCCUUCCUGCCUCGACACCAGUACCGCUCUUCCCCUUCAUCAUCAUCCGGCAUCACCCCUCGGGACGUAUGAUUGGCGAUGUCCAGAUCUUUCAGCCCGUGCAUCCCGAUAUACCCGCCGACGAGGUGAAAGCCUCGUUCGCGGGGAGGCGCUCGCAGGUGGUUUCACCCGCCGAUCAGACUUGGGAAGUUGGAUAUAACUUAUCGCCAGAAUGGACGGGCCAGGGGAUCGCAGGCAAGGCGGUUGACUGUCUGAUUGAAGGAUGGAUGCAGUGGGUCGGGAUCGGGACGUUGAUGGUUGGUGCUCAAGUCGCCAAUACCAACUCUACCGGUCUCAUCAAGUCCAGAGGCUUCGUUCAUACCGAAACCUUCAUGGAGGCAUGGCCGAAAGAUAAGGGAGGCGGAGAGCGCGAGAUGGCGCACUACGAGCUGGACCUCUCGAGACACAAGCCGAGGCUUCCUCCGCUCUGA